CAGAGUCAUCUUCCAGCAGCACACUGGGCUGUGAUGCAGAUGGAGGGCAGGCAGCCUCAGGCUUGCCCGCAGCACCCAGCGCCCCCCAGGAUGCGCCUGCUUCUGUGACUUCUUCACACGUGGAGCCCACAGACCGGGACAGUGGGGUUUGUGAGAAAGCCUCAGCAGAACCCCUGUGUGACGAUCAGGCCUCAGGGUCCCCUUGGAAGCAGCCAGGGCAGCAGGACAGCAGCUCACCAGCCAAGACCGUGGGCCGCUUCUCAGUGGUCAGCACGCAGGACGAGUGGACCCUGGCCUCCCCCCACAGCCUGAGGUACUCUGCCCCACCUGAUGUCUACCUGCACGAGGUCCCCUCCAGCCCUGACAUGAAGCUGGCGGUGCGGCGGGCG